AUGGAUGCCACGUCAAUUGUCGGCCUUGGAUCAACACGUCGCUUCUCGGGCACUACGGUUAUGGAUCUGUUCGCUCUCUAUUUCGACUAUUGCUCUCAUAAUGUGGUCCUGGUGUGCUGCUUCAUGCGAAUUAGGAUUCCACGAACAAAGAGACAGAUUGAUUUGAUUGCGGCGAAGCGGAAAAUGAGAAACAAGAGUGCGAAGGCUGUCUCUGAUGAACGCUCUCAAGCGAUUGUGAUGAACUCCAUGCGGCCGAAGUCCAGUACGUCUUCAAAGCCAUCCACAUCUAAGUCAGCAGCAGCCACACCUUCUGACGAACAUCCGCUCGUUCAUAAAGGAUCGAAACAGCACACUGAGGUUUGA